CUCCUACAUUACAUAAGUUCAACUUUUAUAUGUAGCACGCCGCUUUGUAAGUUUUCAAACAGUUCAUCGACCACCAGAGAAAAGGUUGUGGGCUGAGUUUAUAAUUUGUUAAGCUUUUAUUAAGACGAUCUUUAAGAAUUUAUUUUGGUAAGUUGUUUUCUGUUUUCUUUUUUGUUUAGACUUUAAAUUAAGUCCAGUGAAGAAUAAGUUAUUCCAGGGACUAGUCACAGACCAGUGUCAGUGAGAGUAGCAGUGUCAGUGUAAUUUCAGUACUGGAGUACCGGGUAUGUGAGUAGGUUAUAUUAAUAUUUAUUUUUCAAUGACCUAGUUACCCAUUUAUUGAAUCUGUCAACUAAUCUUUUUUUCCACCUGUUUUUUUUUUCAACCCUUCUAUAAAAUGAAAUCACUUGACCUAAAUUUCAUGUGUAGGCAUACAAUAAGAUAUAUGAUAUAUAUUAGGCUUUAAGUUUAAGAAAUAGGCAAAUAGGGCAGGGACUUACUGAAAUGUAUUUAUAGUCUAUAGUAGUAGUAGUCUUAAGUAGUCUAUACUAUAACUAUAAGCCUACAUAUUUUAACGGAAAAUGAGAUAACGAUAGAAAAACCAUCCAGUAAUUUUAGUUAAAAAUAACAAAUGGAUUCAUCUAUUAUUCUAUUAAAAUUAGAGAUAAUAGUCUAUUAUCUAUAAUUAUUAAUAAUUAUCCCAACUAUUAUCACUAUUAUUCCACAAUUCAUUGAUUAAUACUACAAACAUGCUUGUCUAUUUAUAACAGAAUCUUUGCAAUACUUGUUUUAUUUUAUUAUUUUCGCAGCUGACUAUCUACUUAGCAUUACUUCAUCAAGAUGCUGUAUCCAAUAUUGAGCAUUACAAACUUUAUUUUUAUGGUAGCCCAGUUUGUUAUAAAUGCUCUUAGCAGCGCUGGGCCAGAUGGAAGUAAGUCACAGUCGUUUAUUUAGUAUAAAGCUUCAGAUAUUUGAAUAAUUGAAUAGGCCUAGACCUUUAUUUGCUUGUAUAUCAGGUCGGCCAAUCAAAGUAGUAAGUUGGCCAAAAUAUUUAUUUUUCAUUUUUUAAAAUUAAAUUCUAUUUAUAAUUUUGUGAAAAUAACUUUUUAUGGUUUGAAAAUUAUUUGCUAGCAAUGAAUGUUUAAAAAAAAAAAAACUUUGGCACAUAAAAGGGAUUGAAGACUUCUUUCACAAAUCUAAUAUUGCUGCCAUUUCAGCGCUAUUAAAAUUAAAUGGGAAAACUUCAUACACUACGCCGAGACAUUACUUAAAUCAGCUUUUGUUUGCAAUUAUUGUGAAAAAAAAUGAACCCUAAGAUGUCUUAAAUCUAAUUAUCUUUGAAUAUUUUUUCUAAUUUGAAAUUGAAAGAAAGGUCAAUGAAAGAUGUUUGACUGUUAGUGUUACUAGACUUACAGUUCAAUGUUUUAAUUAAAAGUGUGAGUUAGUCCGUUAUUAGACUUGCAUUUCAAUGUUUUAAUUCAAAAUGCCAAUAAGUCCUGUACUUUUUUUUGCACUCCUCAGCUGUUUUCAUAAACAAAACAGGUGAUCUGUCUGCUACAUUUGACACAGCAGUAACUCCAGCUGGAUGGACUUUCAGUAUUUGGGGUUUCAUCUAUGCAUGGCAGGCACUGUGGGUUAUCUACUCAGUUGUAAACAUCUGCCGAAAGGGUCAGAAUGGAAGGGCCUGUGAAAACCCGCGUUUCCUUCCCUAUACCUUGUUCAUCAUCUGCAUCAUUGUCUGCUGUGCUAACAUUACCUGGCUUAUCACGUUUGACAGACAAGAGAUAGAGGCCUCUUGUGCAGUUCUCAUUGCUUAUGGCUUGUUGAUGUAUUUAGCUCUAUUUGUAUCCUACUAUGCUCUUGAUAAAGCUUCUCCCGAGCUUGUAAAUCAAAAACGUACCAAGGAUAUUUGGCUGACCAGAGUCCUUGUUCACAAUGGGUUGAGUAUUCAGGCCACAUGGGUCACCAUUGCCACAUUGCUCAAUGUUGCCAUGGUUAUGACCUACAGUGGUGAUAAGCUAGUUGAAUAUCACACUGCAGGAACUGUAAUAUUGGCGAUUCUCUCAGCUGAAAUAGCUGUCUACUCUUUUGUAGACUUUUUCCUUCUCGAUCGCUACACUCGUUAUACCAUUACCCCUUACAUCGUUGUCGUUGUGGCAUUAUCAGGAAGUAUAACUAAGCAUUUUGAAAUGGGAGAGCGAAAUUCCAUUUUUAGAAUUGUUCUUUUAGCCAUAGCAGCUGCUUUACUCCUGCUAAAAAUAGUUGUCACAGUUAUCAAGCAUUUCAAAAAACAACGUUAUGUCUCUCAUUAUGAGCCAACCAUUGGAGAGAAACAGCCUGGUGGCAGAUAUGUGUAAACAACAAUUAUGUUAUUGAAUUUUAUUUUACUUUAAAUUGUCUUUGUUUUACCUGUAAACACUUUAAUUUUAUACCUUUUAAAAAAAAUCUUUAAAAAUGUACAAACAUUUCUGAAAUUUAUGCUUCAUAUUGAGGCCAACAGCAUAAUUCUCUGUCUGGUUAUUUUCAUAAGUUUUAUUAAUAAAAAGCAUCAUUUGCUGUUCAAUUUUGCAAAGUAUGAAUUUUAAUUUUAUAUUAAAUGGCAGCAUAAAUUGUCCUUCAAAGACUUGCCCACCAAAUGGCCUUAAAACAUUUUUGCUGAAUAUUUAUUAAUGUUAUUUCCAUUUUUUUUUUCACUUUCCUAUUGCACUCCUUUUUUAAAAUGGUAAUAUACUACAGUAGUAUAUGUAUUAUGGAAGCAAUUUGUGUAUUUAUUGUUACCAUAUGAGAAAUAUUUAUAAGGAUAUUUAUUCCAAAAAAAAUUUCCAUGAAAAAAAUUGUUUAUUAAAUAAUAACAAUAAUUCAAGUUUUCUAAAGAUUAAUACAAAAAAUGUAAGAUAUUUAUCUCAUUAAACGCUAAACAUGAAUCAUGUGAGAUAGAAGGACCCUAAUAUGCAAAUUAUUUUUGUACAUGGAAUUAUGGCUAUAUUCUUUUUUUUUAAGGUAAAAUUUAAGAGAAAAGUGUGCAUAGAAUUUAAUAAGUAGCUGUCUUUAUGUGAAACAGAUUCACAUUUUUUGUGUAAGUUAAGAUGUAUAGAUUAUUAUUAUUAUAUAUAUAUAUAUAUUGUUACUACAUAUUUGUAGGUGUAAAUCUUGAAGUGAUUUAUUGAGCCUUUUGUAAAUAACAGAUAUUUUAUUUUAAAGUAAACGAAAAAUCAAAUGUACUCUUAACUGUUCCUAAACAUUUUAUUUUUUACAAGUCAAAUUUUAGCAUUCUGUUCAUGACAAUAAUCUCUUUCACUUUUCAUCUUUUAUUGUCAAAAAUAUAUUUUUUUACUGUAUUUUACAAUAUUUUUUGAAAAUUGAUUAUUUAAAUAUAAAUAAAUACAUUAAUUAAUUUACAUGAUGUUUUACCAGAUGUAUGAUUUCUUAUUUUAAAAUUGAAUAUGUUACCUGUCAUUUAGAAGUUUGUCACCUUCUAGGAUCACAUGGUUAUUUUUGCUUAAAGACAUCUUGGUAAUAUCUAAUUAAAUAUUUGUACAGUGUCAAAUUUUAAUUUAGAGACUAUGGUAUAAAGCUACAAACUUCUUGAGCUUAUUUUCUUGCUAUUUCUGCUAGUGUUAUAUAUAUAGCCUAGGACUUCGCUUAUUUUUAAACUACAACACAGAGCUAUUUUUAGCCACCACAACUUGUCUGCUAGUAUGACUAUGAUAUUGACAUCACCAACUAAAUGUGCUCAGUCACACCUUCCUUUGCCCUGCCCCUUUCUUUGCUGGUAAAUGGUUGUUCACAAUCGAUUGCAUUCCAAUUUUUCUCAAGAAUGCCAUUAGGUGACACAAUUUUUAGAAUUUCUGUACUAGAAAGUUGGUUUAUAUAUAUAUAUAUAUGCUGCAUACUUUCUUAGCAGUGAGACAGAUAGAUGGAGAGAGAACAAGGCAGAGAUUUUUGCCAUAUGAGACAUUGUAUUAUUGUCUAUGUGUAAAUUAAUAUGUGUAUUUUGAGGAGUGCACCUGUACCUAUUUUUCACUUGCUGUAAGUUGAUACAGCUUUUUGUGAUUUUGUACUCAAAUUUGUAUUUGUAUAGAAAUUUAUUUUAUAAUUAAAUGAAAUAUUCUGAAUAUCAC